CUGCUCACAAAGCGACGUGUCGACGACGAACGCGUCUUUUGAAUAGACAGGAUGCACGGACCGCCCUCCGGCGACAGCGCAUGCCCCUUGCGCACGAUCAAGAGAGUUCAGUUCGGCAUCAUCAGCCCUGAUGAGCUUAAACGAAUGUCGGUGACAGAAGGGGGUAUCAAAUACCCCGAAACUACAGAAGGCGGUCGUCCAAAACUCGGUGGUCUCAUGGACCCGAGACAAGGGGUCAUAGAACGAAGUGGAAGAUGUCAGACGUGUGCAGGAAACAUGACUGAAUGCCCCGGACACUUUGGACACAUUGAACUGGCAAAGCCUGUUUUCCACGUGGGCUUUAUUUCCAAGAUCAUGAAGGUUAUGCGUUGCGUCUGCUUCUUUUGUUCCAAGCUACUCGUGGACGCAAACAAUCCAAAGAUCAAAGACAUCCUUGCCAAAUCGAAAGGGCAACCCAGAAAGCGCUUGACGCACGUGUAUGAGCUGUGCAAAGGUAAAAACAUCUGUGAGGGGGGCGAGGAGAUGGACAACAAAUUUGGGAUGGAGCAGCAGGAGACAGAGGAGGACAUCACAAAGGAGAAGGGACACGGAGGCUGCGGGCGCUACCAGCCGCGCAUCAGACGCUCUGGCCUGGAGCUGUACGCAGAGUGGAAGCAUGUGAAUGAAGACUCCCAGGAAAAGAAGAUUCUGCUGAGCCCUGAGCGUGUGCACGAGAUCUUCAAACGCAUCUCGGACGAGGAGGACAUCAUCUUGGGCAUGGAUCCCAAAUUUGCGCGACCGGAAUGGAUGAUUGUCACUGUGCUGCCUGUGCCGCCUCUGGCCGUCAGGCCUGCCGUUGUCAUGCAGGGCUCCGCUCGCAACCAGGACGACCUGACCCACAAGUUAGCCGACAUUGUCAAAAUCAACAACCAGCUGAGGAGAAACGAGCAAAGUGGCGCCGCAGCUCACGUCAUCGCAGAGGACGUCAAGUUGCUUCAGUUCCACGUCGCCACCAUGGUGGACAAUGAACUGCCGGGGCUGCCCAGAGCAAUGCAAAAGUCGGGCCGCCCUCUCAAAUCUAUCAAACAGCGUCUAAAGGGCAAAGAGGGCAGAGUCCGAGGCAAUCUGAUGGGCAAACGUGUCGACUUCUCGGCGCGAACGGUCAUCACCCCUGAUCCGAAUCUCCAAAUCGACCAAGUGGGCGUCCCGCGAUCCAUUGCGGCCAAUAUGACUUUCCCGGAAAUUGUAACACCCUUUAACAACGAUCGACUGCAAGAGCUCGUGCGACGAGGCAACAGCCAAUACCCCGGAGCCAAAUACAUCAUUCGUGACAAUGGAGACAGAAUUGACCUGCGAUUUCACCCCAAACCAAGUGACAUUCAUUUGCAGAUUGGCUACAAGGUGGAAAGACACAUGUGUGACGGCGACAUCAUCAUCUUUAAUAGACAGCCCACGCUGCAUAAAAUGUCCAUGAUGGGGCACAGAGUUCGAAUUCUGCCUUGGUCCACAUUUCGACUCAACCUGAGCGUCACCACCCCGUACAACGCCGAUUUUGAUGGGGACGAGAUGAACCUCCAUUUGCCGCAGUCCCUGGAGACAAGAGCGGAAAUUCAAGAGCUAGCCAUGGUGCCGCGCAUGAUUGUCACGCCCCAAUCCAACAGGCCAGUCAUGGGAAUCGUGCAGGACACUCUCACGGCCGUGCGCAAGUUCACCAAGAGGGACGUCUUCUUAGAGCGGGGCGAAGUCAUGAACCUCCUCAUGUUCCUGUCCACCUGGGACGGGAAGGUGCCCCAGCCAGCCAUCCUCAAGCCCCGUCCGCUUUGGACCGGCAAGCAGAUCUUCAGCCUGAUCAUUCCCGGACACAUCAACGUCAUCCGCACGCACAGCACUCACCCGGACGACGAAGACAGCGGUCCUUACAAGCACAUCUCACCCGGUGACACAAAGGUUAUAGUGGAAAAUGGCGAGUUGAUCAUGGGCAUCCUGUGUAAGAAGUCUCUGGGAACGUCAGCCGGUUCCCUCGUCCACAUUUCCUACCUAGAGAUGGGACACGACAUCACCAGACUCUUCUAUUCCAACAUCCAGACUGUGGUCAACAAUUGGCUGCUCAUUGAAGGUCAUUCCAUUGGAAUUGGUGACUCCAUUGCUGAUGCCAAGACUUACCUUGACAUCCAGAACACGAUCAAGAAAGCCAAACAGGAUGUGAUAGAAGUCAUUGAGAAGGCCCACAACAACGAGCUCGAGCCGACCCCUGGCAACACGCUGAGGCAGACCUUUGAGAACCAGGUCAAUCGUAUCCUCAACGAUGCCCGUGACAAAACUGGCUCCUCUGCUCAAAAGUCUCUUUCUGAGUACAAUAACUUCAAGUCCAUGGUGGUGGCCGGAUCUAAGGGCUCAAAGAUUAACAUCUCACAGGUUAUUGCUGUGGUGGGGCAGCAGAACGUGGAGGGUAAACGAAUCCCGUUUGGCUUCAAACAUCGCACACUCCCUCACUUCAUAAAGGACGAUUAUGGCCCUGAGAGCAGAGGCUUUGUGGAGAACUCCUACCUGGCUGGUUUGACACCAACAGAGUUCUUCUUCCACGCUAUGGGAGGCAGAGAGGGUCUGAUUGACACAGCCGUCAAAACGGCCGAGACUGGUUACAUCCAACGGCGUCUGAUCAAGUCCAUGGAGUCUGUGAUGGUCAAGUAUGACGGCACGGUGCGCAACUCCAUCAACCAGGUGGUGCAGCUGCGUUACGGCGAGGACGGCCUGGCGGGAGAGAAUGUCGAGUUCCAAAAUAUGGCGACGCUCAAACCAUCGAACAAAGCCUUUGAAAAGAAGUUCAAGUUCGACUGUACCAAUGAGCGAGCGCUGCGGCGGACACUGCAAGAGGACGUGGUGAAAGACGUUAUGACCAACGCUCAUGUCCAAGGCACCCUGGAGAGGGAGUUUGAGAAGAUGAAGGAGGACAGGGAGAACCUCCGAACCAUUUUCCCGACCGGCGACAGCAAGGUGGUGCUGCCUUGCAACUUGGCAAGGAUGAUUUGGAACGCUCAAAAGAUCUUCCGCAUCAACACUCGGACUCCAACGGACCUCAAUCCAAUUAGGGUGGUCGAAGGUGUUCAGGAACUGAGUAAGAAGCUGGUGAUUGUGAACGGCGAAGACCGGCUCAGCAGGCAGGCCCAGGAGAAUGCCACACUUCUUUUCAACAUCCAUCUGCGCUCCACACUCUGCUCCAAGCGCAUGACGGAGGAGUUCCGUCUCACCACCGAGGCUUUCGACUGGCUGCUGGGAGAGAUCGAGACCAAGUUCAACCAUUCAAUUGCUCAUCCAGGUGAAAUGGUCGGGGCACUGGCUGCUCAGUCUCUCGGGGAACCAGCCACCCAGAUGACACUGAACACCUUCCACUACGCCGGCGUGUCAGCCAAGAACGUUACACUCGGCGUGCCUCGUCUGAAGGAGUUGAUCAACAUCUCCAAGAAGCCCAAAACGCCGUCACUGACCGUGUUCCUGCUGGGCCAAGCUGCCCGGGAUGCAGAACGAGCCAAAGACAUCCUCUGUCGCCUGGAGCACACCACACUGAGAAAGGUGACGGCCAACACUGCCAUCUACUACGACCCAAAUCCUCAGAACACUGUGGUGGCCGAGGACCAGGAGUGGGUGAACGUCUACUACGAGAUGCCCGAUUUCGACGUGACGCGCAUUUCCCCCUGGCUGCUGCGCAUCGAGCUCGACCGCAAGCACAUGACCGAUCGCAAGUUGACCAUGGAGCAAAUCGCAGAGAAGAUCAAUGCAGGUUUUGGAGACGACCUGAAUUGCAUCUUCAACGACGACAACGCCGAGAAGCUCGUUUUGCGAAUCCGAAUCAUGAAGAGCGACGAGAGCAAGUUCCAAGAGGACGAGGAGGUCGUGGACAAAAUGGACGACGACGUCUUCCUGAGGUGCAUCGAGUCUAACAUGCUCACGGACAUGACGCUACAAGGGAUCGAGCAGAUCAGCAAGGUGUACAUGCACUUGCCCCAGACGGACAACAAAAAGAAGAUCAUCAUCACCGAGGACGGUGAGUUCAAGGCGCUGCAGGAGUGGAUCCUCGAGACUGACGGAGUCAGCCUCAUGAGAGUCCUGAGCGAAAAGGACGUCGAUCCCGUCAGGACCACCUCCAACGACAUUGUGGAAAUCUUCACGGUGCUUGGAAUUGAGGCUGUACGAAAGGCCCUGGAGAGGGAGCUGUACCACGUCAUCUCCUUUGACGGCUCCUACGUCAACUACCGUCACUUGGCCCUGCUCUGUGACACCAUGACGUGCCGCGGUCACCUGAUGGCCAUCACGCGCCACGGCAUUAACCGGCAGGACACGGGCCCACUCAUGAAGUGUUCCUUUGAGGAGACGGUGGACGUGUUGAUGGAGGCUUCAUCUCAUGGAGAGAGCGAUCCGAUGAAGGGCGUGUCUGAGAACAUCAUGCUCGGCCAGCUCGCGCCCGCCGGGACAGGCUGCUUUGACCUGCUUUUGGAUGCCGAGAAGUGCAAGUUCGGCAUGGAGAUCCCCACAAACAUACCUGGCAUCAGUGUCGCCGGGCCCACCGGAAUGUUCUUUGGUUCUGUGCCGAGUCCCAUGAGUGGCCGUUCCCCCGCUAUGACCCCUUGGAACACUGGAGCAACACCGGCACAUGGCGCUUGGUCUCCCAGUAUAGGAAGCGGCAUGACCCCUGGGGCAGCAGGCUUUUCCCCGAGUGCAGCAUCAGACGCGAGCGGCUUCUCUCCAGGUUAUUCCCCGGCUUGGUCGCCCACUCCUGGUUCCCCCGGAUCUCCCGGACCGGCCAGCCCCUAUAUCCCGUCUCCAGGCGGCGCCAUGUCACCCAACUACUCGCCCACGUCACCCGCCUACGAGCCCCGCUCCCCUGGCGGCUACACCCCUCAGAGCCCAGGCUACUCGCCAACGUCACCCUCCUAUUCUCCGACAUCUCCCUCAUACUCCCCCACCAGCCCCAAUUACAGCCCGACAUCUCCUUCCUACUCUCCCACCUCGCCCAGUUAUUCCCCCACAUCUCCUUCUUACUCUCCCACGUCGCCCUCCUAUUCCCCGACAUCCCCCUCCUAUUCCCCUACCUCCCCGUCUUACUCUCCAACCUCUCCCUCCUACUCGCCGACGUCGCCCAGCUACAGUCCAACUUCGCCCAGCUACAGCCCGACGUCGCCAAGCUACUCCCCGACUUCUCCUUCUUACUCGCCCACCUCCCCCUCCUACUCGCCCACAUCCCCGUCAUACUCCCCUACCUCGCCGUCUUACUCUCCCACCUCCCCCUCCUACUCGCCGACGAGCCCCAGCUACAGUCCCACGUCGCCAAACUACACACCCACCUCGCCCAGCUACUCCCCGACAUCGCCCUCGUACUCUCCUACAUCCCCCUCCUACUCCCCGACCUCCCCCAACUACACACCGACCAGCCCCAACUACUCUCCCACCUCCCCCUCGUACUCACCGACUUCACCGUCAUACUCUCCCUCCAGUCCGCGCUAUACCCCGCAGUCGCCCACCUACACACCGAGUUCCCCCUCGUACAGCCCCAGCUCCCCUUCCUACUCACCCACCUCACCCAAAUACACCCCGACCUCCCCCUCAUACAGCCCCAGCUCGCCAGAGUACACCCCCACUUCGCCCAAGUACUCCCCAACAUCACCAAAGUACUCCCCCACCUCCCCCAAGUACUCCCCGACAUCUCCAACUUAUUCCCCAACAACGCCCAAAUACAGUCCCACCUCGCCCACCUACUCCCCCACCUCUCCGACCUACACGCCCACCAGCCCCAAAUACUCCCCCACAUCCCCGACAUAUUCGCCGACGUCGCCCAAGUACUCGCCGACGUCGCCCACGUACUCGCCGACUAGCCCGAAAGGCUCCACGUACAGCCCCACCUCCCCCGGGUACAGCCCCACCUCUCCAACCUACAGUCCGGCCAUCAGCCCGGAUGACAGCGACGAGGAGAACAACUGAGGGGCGGAGGAGGGCUUUAGGGGGGACCGCGCCUCGUGGGCCCCCUCACAUUACUGACCAUCCGACCAGUUUGCCCUGCAUUCCCUUCCCAAAUAGUGAAAACCAUUAUUUGAAAGACAAACUGCUUUGCCUGAAGGGGGAAAAGAAAAUCCGCCUUUUCUCACCCCCCCCCCCCCCCAACCAGGCAGAAUCCAAAAGGCGAAGUGGAAAGGAAGCGCUGUUUUUUUGUUUUUUUUCCUUUUAUCUUUAUAAUUCACUGCUUUGAGCCUUUGAAAUGCUGGACGUUAAGGUGUUCGGGAAAGGCCAAAUUUUUUUUCUUUUUAAAAAAAAAAUGUGAAUUGUAAUUUGUUCUGGCGAUAAAUGGAGGAAUGGUCCCCCCGCCCCUUUUUUUAUUUUAUCCCCCCCUCCAUUUACGGCGUAUUCGGCACUGAGGUGUUGCUGCUUGAGGCCGUGCGUUCAGUUCGCACACGCCGCGGAUCGGGGAAAAGAUCGUCAAACAGCAUGAUAAGAGAGUGACGCCGUCACGCACCCUCCCUGCUUCCUCCACACCCCAAAAACUGAAUGAUGUUUUAAACACCCACCAGCACCCAACCAUCCUCUGGCACCUUGGAGGCUUUUGCAUCAAAGACAAAAGAAAACUGACAAUGUUAUUCCUUUAAUUCUGGGGAAUUAUUUUCUGUCCUUGAUUUUGAUGUGAAGAAAAUGGGUGGCGCUUUGGGCAUCAUUUCCACGUGGGGUUGUUCACAUUAAUCCAACUGUUAGGUUGAACUAUUUCCAGUCCCUCCUGGGUCUUGCUAAUGUUUGCCCUGUUUCUGUUCAAAUCAUUUUGCCUAUUCCAUUUAUUUAAGCAAGAAAGUUAAACUACUAUUCGGUGUGAAUAUGUUUUGUUUUUUUUUUUCCUUUUUUUCCCACUUGUUUGCUUUUUGAUGACUUUGCAAAGUUGUUGCAAAAAUACACGUAAUUAUGGAAGAAGACACGAGUGGAGAGGGUGGACAUGUACCUUCCCACCCACCGUAUCUCCAGCGUUGUGAACCCUACGUGGUCAGGGUUCUACAUAGGUCCACUUGUCAUGUUCAUUUUGAUUAACCAGCCACAAGAUAAGUGGCUUACGUGUGACUGCUUUUCCAGAUACUGUCACUUUCAUUUAACAAGGUUGGUCUCCUUUUUUGCAUCCAAUGUUUUUUUUUGUUCUUACCAGUUUCUGGAGUAUUCAUUGUAGAGCCGAUCUGUUCUGACUGGGAGUCCUGGACAAAAAAAAAAAAAAAAGGAAAUGUCAUCGUGAUUGUUGUUACUUAGCUCCUCCAAAAAAAAAAAAAAAAUGGAGAGGAUGGCACCUCCGAGCCUUUUAUAAUGAAGCAGGGUGUUGGAAUUAUUAUUUUUUUUUUUUGCACUUGUUAAAACUGUUGUCCACUUCACUUGCCUGGUCAGAAUGCUGUCCAGUCUACAGUAUUUUCAGGAACGUCAGGAUUCCCAGCUUGUGUAAAUCAGAGGGUGAGACAGGGUUCCAUGCAGAGGAAAGAAGUAAAUUUACCGCUGUAAAGAGAUAAUUUCACAUUAUCAUUGUGUUGUCUGUUCUGUUUUUGACUUGGGAAAUAAAAUAAAAGUUUUA